AUGCUAAGUGAAUUGUACACUACCGACAGAAGUAGUUGGGGGACUAUCACCAGGGAACUGUUUUCGAACUACGGCAUGUUCAAACAGAAACUUGGAGAAGCGUUCGGAAACAUCGACGAGCUACGGACCGCGGAAAGACAACUAAGAUACCUACGACAGACCGGAUCCGCUCAGCAGUUGGCAACCAAAUUCCGACAGAUAGUAACACCACUACACUAUGAUGAUGCUAUUCAAAUCGCAACCUUUGAGAACAUGCUCAAGGAAGAAGUCCAGACGGAACUCAUCAAACUCGACCGACCCGACAACAUUGACAGAUUCAUUGAGAUGGCGGUCAAGAUUGACAACAAACUGUUCGAGAUCAAACAGAAGCGACAGGAGUUUCAGAGAUGGAAGAAAGUUGGAGGAUUCCCUCAGUAUGCCAACACAUCGGCAAAGCGAGGAACCCAAUACGACAAGGACGGCGAUGUCAAGAUGCAGCUCAACAACGUGAUCAGUAAGGAAGAAAUGGCCAAGCGCAAGGAAAACAAAGCCUGUUACAAGUGCGGACGAAAAGGACACUUUGCACGACAGUGCCGAUCAGGGCAAGGCAGACAGAACGGUAACGCCAGCCCUCAGAAAAUAACAACAGUCCAUCAACAAAUUGCGGCCAUACACCAGACAAUUGUGACCCCCUCGGACAGUGAGGAGGAGGAGUCAGAAAAUGAACAGGUCGACGAAGUCAAGGACUUCUGGGGACCGAUACUAGAAAAGGAAAUAUACGAAUCGCUCAAGAAUUUCGAGCAAGAAGAUACCCCUGGGCAAUCUAAGGGACGCCUCAGACAGAGUUCAGAAAGGGAACCACCCCAGGAAGAAGACGCUAACCCGGAAGAAGCGCAACCUCACCUACAACAAGGUCAAGAGAAAGGACCAAUCAGAGAACCUCGCAGAGAAGACCAAUACAGCAAAACCGCUGGACGGCGUAUUGAUGACCUUUCAUCAGGAAGUGAAAGCCAACACCCCCUGACGUUUCGAGACGGUGGAAAAGACAGAGAAGUUGACCACGAGGACUCGGAUCGAGAACCAGACACCCCGCAACAAUCACAGUUAACAAGAACAACAAACCUCAGAAGAGACGCCGCAAGGGCGAUCCACCAAGCAAAUGAAACAAUCAGACUGUUCCAGAAACGACCACCAAUCACAAGGAAAGAAUGGGAUUCAGUCCUAGGAACCAGCACGACGGUUCCAGGAACAAGAAUUGAGAUUCCGGAAACAAACAGUGAAGACUCCGAAACAACAGAGGAAUUCCCUGAAAUCGACUACGAAGAACCAAAACGAGAAUGCAGUUGCAAACCACCCAAACCAGUAUGUUGGGAAGACUCUAUUCAGACAUACCGACAACACAUCCUUGAAUGCGAAGAAUGCCACGAGUGGACAUUUCACAAAUGCGAUAUGCACGGGAAAAAGAACAUCGCACUCGCAAACGAAUUCGAAUACGUCUCACUCACCAAAGGAACACGGUUGUGCCACCCGAUGCUUGGGCAUACCGAAAGAUGUUCAUGCAUGUACUACCCACAAUAUGGAGGACACCAUCACAAGAAAAUACACUGGACGCAAUGCUAUGAGUCAAAAUGUCCGACUCACCUCGAAGAAAAGGAAAAGAACAAAUGGAAGCCAACGGCACCGAUGAUCAUCUAUCAACCCAUCCCGGACUGUCCGAAGGGCUGGAACGAAUGUUGGUGCUACGCAGAAGAAAUUUGGCAUCCUUUCCAUAAUAGCAUCGAAACUGACCAGUGCUACGCGAAAAAAUGUCCAUACCACGAAGGACGAGUCAUCUACACCGAUGAAGAUUGGACCGAAAUUGUUCUAUCACAGAAACGAUACCUUGAAAGACACAGAAAAGGACACCACCUUAUUGCCACAACUAUCAAGACAGGAGAAACUGUGAUCAUUAUCAAAGGAACAAUCGACGGACACGAAGCCAAAUUACUCCUUGACUCGGGAGCAUCGACGAAUUACAUUAGCGAAGCAUACGUCAAGAAAAACAGGAUCCAAACGUACGAGACAAACCUAUGGCAUACUGUACAAAAUUUUGAAGGACAAAUCACAAUCGAAGGAUUCGUACGACGAACUGAAAACAUCACAAUCAAAUCAGGAGAACAUGAAGAAAGCAUCCAACUGGAUUUAAGUCCGUUCGAGCGAAAGGAUUUCGACGUUAUACUCGGAAUGACAUGGCUACGAAAACAUAAUCCUGUCAUUGACUGGAAACACGAGACAGUGUCAAUAGACCUGAAGAUGCUACAAACAGAGCAAAUGGGGAUCAAACCGGACCAGCAGUUGAAGGUGAAACAUGCUGAAGAAAUAAACGAAAUAGGCCGACAAAUUGAAACACGAAGGAAACCAAAAGAAAUCUACGAAAAGGAACUGAAGGAAGUGCUCGACAAGCUACCAGAGAAAUACCGAGACUUUACCGAAUUAUUUGAGCACAGGUACCACAAGUGA